UCGAUUCAGUCUGCGGCCGCGAACUUCGAAAUGACUCAGUCCAGUUACAUUUAAGCCUAUCGACGCGAGCAGAUCUCGUUUUUCCCGUCCUUCCGCGCUUUCAGUUUAUUGUUUCGCGUUUUUUUUUUCGUUCGCUAAUAAAUUCAUCCCUUAAAAAUGCCGCGAUUUUUGGUUUAGCUACAGAAUAAAUUAGAAUCGUCCAUAAUUGAUUAAUGACAGAUCGAAACAAAAGAAUCGCGACCGUUACUGAAACGAAAACAUCACGGUAAUCUUGAUGAAGAUGACACCGCAAUGCAAUCCGGUGUUGCAUUACACGAAACAGCCGCUUCUGCCGCAAAACAAUCAGGUGGUGGUGCUGAAUUCGUCGACAACGAAGAAACUGCAGAAAACCGAACGGAAAAAGCGGAAAAACAGGAUCAAGUGCGUGAUCGUCGGCGACAAACAGGUGGGAAAAACUUCUCUGGCAGUGUCCUACAGCAACGAUAGUUUUCCUAACGAAUACGUACCCACGGCGUACGACAAUUAUAACGUGGACGUACUUGUUGAUGAUGAACCGGUACGGUUAGAGAUCUGUGAUACAGCUGGAGAGGAAUUAGGGGCAUCUCUGAGACGGCUCUGUUACCCCGGGACUGAUGUAUUUAUGUUGUGCUUCUCCGUAGUACGACCCUCCUCCUUUGAAUCCGCCUGCAAGCGAUGGGCUGACGAACUCACCCGAUUGGGGGCGCCAGUAGUACUGGUCGGCUGUCAAUCGGACCUACUCAACGAUUUCGAGGUUAUAAGCAAUCUCAGUCGGCAGCAUCAAAAGACUGUGGCAACGGCGCGAGCGCAGGAACUGGCGCGCAGACUCAACGCCACCUACGUGGUAACGUCAGCCAAAACCUGCAACAACCUGAAAGAGGCGUUCGACGAGGCUAUCACGUCGGCCUUGAAAAGGAGGCACCGACACAAGAAAUGGUGGCUGAAACUGUGUUGUUGGAAACGAUAGAAUAAGAGGGAGAUUUUUAUAAUCUCUUUGAAUUUUAUUUGUUUUUGUAAACGUCCUGGGUCGAAGCUAGAAAGAAAUAAGAGAUAAAAGAAUAUGCUAGGUCUAGUCACUCCAUUUGCGUGGUCUGUAUUUUAAUGCAUAUGACAGAGAUAAAUAUAAAUGACCGGUUGACAGACAGAGAGGCAAAAUAAAAAGCGGCAUACAGUGUUGCCGGUUU